AUGUCCCAGAGAAAGGGAUACUGGGAAGUUGAGUCCCGAGGAGAGGAGCAGGGUGCUGAAGGAGGCCAGAACACAGCAAGACUCAGGAUACACACUAUCCAUCCCCCGCUGGAGACAUCCCCCGCUAGAGACAUCCCCCGCUGGAGACAUCCCCCGCUGGAGACAACCCCCACUGGAGACAACCCCCACUGGAGACAUCCCCCACUGGAGACAACCCCCACUGGAGACAUCCCCCUGGAGACAACCCCCACUGGAGACAACCCCCACUGGAGACAUCCCCCGCUGGAGACAUCCCCCACAGGAGCCAUCCCCCCCGCUGGAGACAACCCCCACUGGAGACAUCCCCCCGCUGGAGACAUCCCCCCACUGGAGACAUCCCCCCCGCUGGAGACAACCCCCGCUGGAGACAUCCCUCCCACUGGAGACAUCCCCCACUGGAGACAACCCCCCGCUGGAGACAUCCCCCCACUGGAGACAUCCCCCCGCUGGAGACAAUCCCCGCUGGAGACAUCCCCCCUGGAGAUAUCCCCCCGCUGGAGAUAUCCCCCCACUGGAGACAACCCCCACUGGAGACAACCCCCCGCUGGAGAUAUCCCCCCGACUGGAGACAACCCCCACUGGAGACAACCCCCACUGGAGACAACCCCCCACUGGAGACAUCCCCCACUGGAGACAACCCCCGCUGGAGACAACCCCCACUGGAGACAACCCCUGCUGGAGACAACCCCCACUGGAGACAACCCCCGCUGGAGACAACCCCCACUGGAGACAACCCCCACUGGAGACAACCCCCCGCUGGAGGCAUCCUGUGGUGUGUGUGUUUAA